GACCCCAGCCCGCCUCUUGGUCCUUGGCUCAGAGCUCGGCUGCUCUCCACCGCAUUCCUCUGCCCGAGGUGGGCACCCCGAAGCAUGAACGCGCCCGCAACUCUGUCCCCGGGGAUCGAGGACAACACCUGGACCCCUGGGAUCAACGCCAGUUGGGCUCCGGACGAGGAGGAGGAGGAUGCGGUGCGGUCCGACGGCACAGGAACAGCGGGCAUGGUCACUAUCCAGUGCAUCUAUGCGCUCGUGUGUCUGGUGGGCCUGGUGGGAAACGCCCUGGUCAUCUUCGUGAUCCUACGCUAUGCCAAGAUGAAGACAGCCACCAACAUCUACCUGCUCAACCUGGCCGUCGCCGAUGAGCUCUUCAUGCUCAGCGUGCCAUUCGUGGCUUCCGCGGCUGCCCUGCGCCACUGGCCGUUCGGGGCGGUGCUGUGCCGCGCAGUGCUUAGCGUGGACGGCCUGAACAUGUUCACCAGUGUUUUCUGCCUCACUGUGCUCAGCGUGGACCGCUAUGUGGCUGUCGUGCACCCUCUGCGCGCCGCCACCUACCGGCGGCCCAGCGUGGCCAAGCUAAUCAACCUGGGAGUGUGGCUAGCAUCCUUGCUGGUCACCCUGCCCAUCGCAGUCUUUGCUGACACCAGGCCGGCUCGUGGGGGUGAGGCCGUGGCUUGUAACCUGCACUGGCCUCACCCGGCCUGGUCUGCGGUUUUUGUAAUCUAUACUUUUUUGUUGGGCUUUCUACUCCCGGUACUGGCCAUCGGAUUAUGCUACCUGCUUAUUGUGGGCAAGAUGCGUGCUGUAGCCCUGCGGGCUGGCUGGCAACAACGGAGACGUUCAGAAAAGAAGAUCACUAGGCUCGUGCUAAUGGUAGUGACCGUCUUUGUGCUAUGCUGGAUGCCGUUUUAUGUGGUGCAGCUUCUGAACUUGUUCGUCACCAGCCUCGAUGCCACUGUCAACCAUGUGUCCCUCAUCCUGAGCUAUGCCAACAGCUGUGCCAACCCCAUUCUCUAUGGCUUCCUCUCUGACAACUUCCGGCGCUCUUUCCAGCGGGUUCUGUGCCUGCGCUGCUGUCUCCUGGAAGCAACCGGAGGUGCUGAGGAAGAGCCCCUGGACUACUAUGCCACGGCUCUCAAAAGCAGAGGGGGUGCAGGAUGCAUAUGCCCUCCACUGCCCUGCCAGCAGGAGCCUAUGCAAGCAGAACCUGGCUGCAAGCAAGUCCCUUUCACCAAGACCACUACUUUCUGAAAACCAUUUCACCCUCCCUCAGCUCACCUGCAAGCAGGUCUCCGCCACUCUCUCAAGCCAGCAACUUCAAGAACAACUCCUGUUUUCACUAAGCCAGGCCCUUUCAGCAGCUUGUGUGCUGUCCCCAGGAGCCUCAGGACUCCUGCUAGCCCCUCCCUCUCCUAGGACUGGCUCCAAGGACACCUCCAUGGGGGUAGGACUUCUCUGGGAUUCAGGCUAGAGUACUAUCCAUUCCUGGGCCUCUGGCAAUUUUUCAAGAGGUUCGGGAAGCAGGUGGUGGUCAGAAAGGGAUGUCUACCCUUGUGUAACUUGUGACAGUGACUGCUUGGAAGAGCCCUGAGAGGGUGAGGUAGGCAGAGCCUGUGCUCUUGGUAGACUAUUUGCUGUAUGGUAGCAUAGUGUAUAUGGUGAGACAGGGGAGAAGAUACGAUACCAAGUGUUUUCCCUCAGUGUCUGUCUGAGUCUCUGGUUGCUAAGUGAGAUGUCUAUGCAACAGCGGAGGGCGCUUGCUUUGUCACCGUAGGAAGUGUUUUUCAGUUGUCAAGGGGCCAGUAGCAGACUUCCUGCAAAGGUGAAAGGCUUAAAGAAGCAUGAUGUGGGGCGUUUUUGCAAAGCAUAAAAUUUCUGGUCAUGAAUUAAAAGGCAGUAAGGAUUAAAAUCUCAUCAGCUGCAGUGUUUUUUCCACCCCUUUCCCUGGUUGCAGGAAUAUGAAACCCCAUUAAAGCCCAAACUCUAUGAGGGAGAGAGUGUCAGGAAAAGACCAGAGAACUAGGUAGAAGGGAAACAGACUCUGUUUUGACAUCAGAUGAUGACCACAAUGAAAAGCUAUUUGUGUGCAUUGUAAGUUAACCACGGCUCCAGUGUAUUUCCCCUGAGGAAGAUUCAGAGCCUGUCAGAGCUUUACUUUUGCUAAAUCAGUGGAGGG